CGAGACGGCCACAAACAUUUUAAGACAAAAUAACCAACAGAAAAAAAAAAAAACACAAAAAUUCAACAGUUAACGGUUACGCAGAUCGCUGCUGUACGGAUACUCCCGAAAUCCCAUUCAGAAUCCCAUUCAGAGUUCUGUUCAGUGCAGUGACAAAAGUGACGUCAAGGGAGAGCUCUAAAGUGCAGUUCAGUCCCCGUCCAGCAGCAGCUCCGCGUCAAGUUCUCUCCCUAUCUCUGUCUUAGCACCCGUUUUCGUAAUCGAAUUGUGCAAAAAAGCAUACAAAAAAGUGAAUCUGCUUUUAAAGUUAUCUUCGACUCCAUCUCGCUCGCACCCAGCUUUUAAUUUUGCGUCUGUUUCGCUGCCGUCGUCGUCGCUCUCACCGCCGCCGCUGUCGCUGUUGAAGUCGCGGCUCGUAUUGUUUAUAUUUUUUUUUUUGUGUUCUGAGCUGCUGCUCUGCCUGCCCCGCCUGCUUGCUCAGAAGGUUGAGAGGUAAUAAUAAAAGCAAUACAAUCACAAUGAAACGAAAUUGAGUGAAAAAUAUAUUUCGCUUACAGAAAGCAACAAAAUCAAAUAAGUUAACAAGAAAAAAUCCGCUGGCGAGCGAAUUUCACGCCGUAUUUAAUCUUUGCCCACUGACCGCCUCCAGCUUAAUCGCUGCUCGUCUUUCUUUCCGUUCCGUUCGCGUUCGCGUGUGUUCUGUGCUCCGGCUCUGGCUCCAGGUCCAGCUCCAGCUACGGCCACGGUUCCGUUCCGACUCUGAUUUCGAUACGCUUCCGCUGCUGUCUUCUGUCUAUCGUCGCGCGUUUGUCCUAUCGUUUUCGUAGCAAAUUCGUUUUCAAAUUUUUUUUGGAAGAGUUCUUGAGUCAAGUCAACCAGGUAAUCACAGUGCUUAGUGGCUGCAUAUGAGAGUGCUGCAAAAACUUAGAAAUUAAAUAAAAAUCAGUUUGGUUCGGAGCUCUGGUUUUGCCAGAAAUAAAACACAGAAACAAACUUAGGUUAGCAGUUUUCAGGAAACACUGUAGCACACUCUAGGCGAGCUGCCCAGCAAAAUGUCCUCUACACUAGGCCUCAUCACAGCGCUACUCCUGGCGAUCACGAUAUGCCAGGCCCAGCCAGACCUGCACAAAUACAUGUCGCCGGAGCAGCUGCAGUCCGUCUUCCACGUGGACAGCCACGACGCUGUGCCCCACUAUGAGGUCGUCCAGCUGCUGCACCACGACCCCCACCAGCGCCAGCGGCGCAGCAUCUCCGACAGCCGUAGGGCGGUCACAGCCCUGCCGCCCCACCACGUGAAAAAGGAUCUCAGCAAGAACUCCUAUUACAGCGAGCUGAAGCACCAGGCCAUGGCCUCGGGGGGCAACCAUCUGUCCGGCCUCGAUGUCAGCGCCAUCCAGUCCCACAACGUCUCCUUCAGCGCCUUCGGACACCACCUGAACCUCACCCUGCGCCCAACCAAGGGCCUCUUCAAGGACACGCCCCACCAGCUGCGGAUGUGGAGCGUGGGCGGCGAGCCCAAUGCCACCCACGGCCUCGACCUUCAGGAGAUACCCAAGGAGGAGCACCACAAAGACGAGAUUGGUGAAGUGUUCCAGGAUGAGCGGAACAUGGCAGCGAUCUUGAUGCGGCGCCACAUGGAAACGGGCGACCUGAUAAUGGAGGGCAGCAUCGGUCACGACCUGGUGAUUAAGCCCUUGCCGCACGAGCUCAGUCCCAGCCAGGAGGAGGCCCACCACAUUGUGUACAAGCGGGAGGCGAGCGCAGCAGAAGAUCAACUGAGUGACUUCGCCUUCAUGGAACCCGACGAUCUGCUGGCCAGCGAGAAGCUCGAGCGUCUGCAACGGCGCCAGCGGCGCAAACGGCGCAGCGUUCCCACCAGUCCCGACUUCGAGGACCUCAACGACGAGGAUGAGGGCGUCCUGGACGCGGAGCCCCAGACCGCCGAGUCCCGCACCCGCACCCGCACCCGUUCCCGGCGCCAGGCCCCGUACAUCAUCUACCCCGAAGUCUUGGUUAUCGUCGACUACGAUGGCUAUCGGCUCCACGGCGGCGAUAAUUUGCAGGUCAAGCGGUACUUCAUCUCAUUCUGGAACGGCGUCGAUCUUCGUUACCGCCUGCUGAAGGGCCCCAGAAUACGCAUCAGCAUCGCUGGCAUCAUCAUCUCCCGGGGCCGCGAUGCCACCCCCUAUCUGGAACGCAAUCGAGUGGGACGGGAUGCCAUCGACUCGGCUGCCGCCCUCACCGACAUGGGCAAAUAUCUGUUUCGCGAGCGCCGUCUGCCAGUCUACGACAUCGCCGUGGCCAUAACUAAACUCGAUAUGUGCCGUCGCACCUCCGCUUAUGGCGAAUGUAAUCGCGGUACCGCAGGCUUCGCCUACGUUGGCGGUGCCUGCGUAGUGAACAAGCGACUGGAAAAGGUGAACAGCGUGGCCAUCAUUGAAGACACCGGCGGUUUCAGCGGCAUCAUUGUGGCUGCCCACGAAGUGGGACACUUACUGGGAGCGGUCCAUGACGGCUCGCCGCCACCAAGCUACCUAGGCGGCCCGGGCGCCCAGCGCUGUCGCUGGGAGGACGGAUACAUUAUGUCCGAUUUGCGCCACACUGAGCGCGGAUUCAGAUGGUCCGCCUGUACGGUCCAGAGCUUUCAUCAUUUUCUCAAUGGAGACACGGCCACCUGCCUGCACAACGCCCCACACGAGGACAGCGCUCUGGGACGCUCUCUGCCAGGCACCUUGCUUUCGUUGGAUGCCCAAUGCCGGCGGGACCGGGGAACUUAUGCCUGCUUCAAGGACGAGCGCGUCUGUGCCCAGUUGUUCUGCUUCGACGCCCAGACGGGAUACUGCGUGGCCUACAGACCCGCUGCGGAGGGUUCGGCCUGUGGUAACGGUUAUCACUGUCUGGAUGGUCGGUGCACCCCUCUGCCCUCCAACAUCAUCCCCGACUAUGGGAACAACUAUCGUUUAGUCUACAAUAAAAUCGACAGCAAAAAAGAUGCAACCUCUGAGCCAACGGGGGACAUUGAAAGUAGUAGCGAGGAAGCCGAGUCGCAAGAAGAUGAGAAUGAGAAUGAGAACGAGAACGAUGAUGAGGAGGAGCAAGAGCAGGAUGAGGGCACCACUAGUAGCGAGGAGCAGCAGGAUAAUAAAGUCGAGCAGAGCUCGGACGCCGCUUCGGCUUCCGCUGCCUCUGCUGGUACGUCGACAUCUACAACGAAGUCGACGACAACGACCACAGUGCGACCCAAGGCGAAAGCGUUUGGGUACUUGCAUCGCAUUUUGCCGUUGUACGACGCUGAGAGGCAAUGGCUUCAGAAAGACGGAGUUUUGGUGAAGACGCGGACCAGCAGUAGCGUCAGCAGCAUUAGCGGUCCCUCUGCUCCCUCUACGACAAAAAUACCAACAACAACAACAACAACCACACAAACACCGAAUCUUUUCCAAGUCUACACACAUGAAUUACGCAAACAAAUUGAAUACUACCUACACAUGCUACAAACACAACAACAUGCAACAAAAUUGAAACCAGAACAAAAGCCACAACAGACAGAACAAACACAACAGUCGAUAGUUGAAAUACCUUUGGUACAAAAACAAAUUAAAAAUUAUAGUGUAACCAGCAACAGCAACAGCAACAGCAACGGAGCAAAACAACAACACCAACAGAACACCAGCGAAGAGAACCAGAGGCAGCCGCAACAGCAACAGCAACAGCAACAGCAACAGCCAACCGAUGAGGAAAAUGAAGCCACUGCCGGCAUUCAGAGCAAUGAAGCGAUUGAGCGGCAAAAACGUAAGUUCCCCAUCCAAUCCACCAUAGCAACAACAGCAAUAGCAACUGCUGCAGAAACGACAUCAGCAACAACAUCAGAAACAACUGCCAAAGGGAUAACAACAUCAUCAUUUCUCGAUGCGUACUUUAAAAAAUUACAAGCAUUGCAUUUACCAACACUGGACGGCGCAGUAACUGCCACCAGCACAAUCACAUCCGUCUCUUCAUCCGUCAGCUCAACAAACAAGCAACACCCGCAACACCCGCAAGUGCAGUCACAGCAGAAAGAAGACAAAUUUGAUGGCAGCGCCUUCUUGAAACGUACGCCAACUCGGAGUAGUAUUAAAGCAUACAAAACUAGUAGUAGCAAUACGAGUAUUAGUAGUAGUCAACCUCAUCCACAAAAUCAACAACAACAAAGGCCAAACUACAUUGGCGACACCACAAAUAAUCUGCCAGCGGUGUUGGACAGUGCGCCAAGUACAACAGAAAGUACAGCUGUGCCCAAGAAACCCAAAAUUAAAACACAAAAACUAAUACGCCGCACACGAGUCAUGUAAUGUAACCAUAAAGUGAACGCGAGAAAGUGACAGAGAUGCUGAUACGGAGAAAGAGGCAAACAAGAAACUCUGCUACCACUUACUAUAAACUACUAAAUACUGCUAGCCAAAACACAGUUGAUCAGCUGCUUGCCAAAACCAAAACAAGAACCUUUCAACAUACAUUGUCAACGGCUCCUUCGUCCUUCGUCGUUCGUCCAACGACCAACGUCCACAAUACCACACACACAAAACAAAGCAACACGCAACACACACAUGUACACAUGUAUAUGCCAAACCGACCGAUUCGAUACCGAUACCGAUACCGAUACCGAUACC